AAUUGCGUAUUGCGUGCUUGUCGAAGGUACUCACUAACACGCCUCCCCCUGACAUCCCACUAUAUUUUGUUUGGUUCUAUCUGAAAAAUAAGCUACGGCCAUAAGAACCCCCCACCUACGCCGACUGUCAUGGAGAGCGCAUUUGCGAAGCCUAUCCAUGAGGUCUUGGCCAAUUUCAAGGUAGACGCAAAGACAGGCCUCACAGACCAGCAGAUCAUUGAGUCACGGAAUAAAUAUGGCAAGAAUUCUAUUCCAGAAGAGCCUCCCACUCCUCUAUGGGAGCUCAUCCUCGAACAAUUUAAAGACCAACUGGUUAUAAUAUUACUAGGAUCAGCUGUUGUAUCUUUUGUCUUAGCUCUCUUCGAAGAAGAGACUGGUUGGAGCGCAUUUGUAGAUCCCUUGGUCAUCCUUACCAUUCUCAUUCUCAAUGCGGUUGUCGGUGUAUCCCAAGAAAGCAGUGCCGAAAAGGCAAUCGCCGCGCUCCAGGAAUACUCUGCGAAUGUUGCUAGUGUGGUCAGAAACAAUGGACACGUCUUGCGCGUCAAGGCUGAAGAGUUGGUUCCCGGCGACAUUGUCUCGGUGUCGGUUGGUGAUAGGGUCCCUGCCGACUGUCGUGUUAUUGCGAUCGAAAGUAACAACUUCGCUAUGGACCAGGCUAUCUUGACCGGCGAAAGCGAGAGCGUGGGAAAAGAUCAUACUGCCGUCGUGAAAGAUGAUAAGGCAGUGCUCCAGGAUCAGGUCAACAUGCUUUUCUCGGGGACAACUGUCGUAACAGGUCGUGCCAAGGCGGUCGUUGUUCUGACUGGGUCUAACACUGCGAUUGGCGACAUUCAUGAGAGUAUCACUGCUCAAAUUUCGGAACCUACCCCGUUGAAGCAAAAGCUGAACGAUUUUGGCGAUUCGUUGGCAAAGGUUAUUACGGUUAUCUGUGUUCUUGUGUGGCUUAUUAACAUCCCGAAUUUUGCGGAUCCAAGUCAUGGAAAUUGGACUAAAGGCGCUAUCUACUACUUGAAGAUUGCCGUCUCUCUUGGUGUUGCGGCGAUCCCUGAGGGCCUCGCUGUUGUGAUUACGACAUGCUUAGCCUUGGGAACACGCAAGAUGGCCGCGAAGAAUGCUGUUGUCCGAAGUUUGCCAUCCGUGGAGACCUUAGGCAGCUGCAGUGUUAUUUGCUCAGAUAAGACCGGAACUCUCACUACAAACCAGAUGAGUGUAAGCAAGAUCGUAUACAUAAACGAAAACGGCACCGACCUAGACGAACUUGACGUCGAGGGUACUACGUUUGCUCCGAAGGGAAGCAUCACGCGUAACGGCAAGGCUGUGAAGGACCUCUCUCAAAGUUCAAGCACGAUCCGACAGAUGAACGAGGUAGCAGCUCUAUGCAACGAUGCUCGGCUCGUGUAUGAUGCCCGAUCUGGUACUUUCUCUAACGUAGGGGAGCCUACCGAAGGAGCUCUAAGGGUCCUAGCCGAAAAGAUUGGACCAUGCGCGCCUGCGAAUUCGAACCCCGACGACUGCAUUCACCAUGCUAGCGCUUGGUAUGAAUCCAAAUUUCCUCGAUUGGCUACUUACGAGUUCUCCCGUGACCGGAAGAGUAUGUCUGUCCUCAUUCAAGCCGGCGAUCAGCAGAAGCUUCUUGUUAAGGGUGCCCCUGAAUCUAUUAUCGAGCGCUGCACACACACUCUCGUUGGCGCAGAUGGCAAGCGUGUCCGUAUCAAUGAUAAGCUCCACUCUCUACUCAUGAAGGAAGUCGUCGAAUAUGGUAACCGUGGAUUACGAGUUAUUGCCCUAGCCAGUGUAGACGAUGUCGGAUCCAACCCCUUACUUCGGAACGCCAAGUCGACAGCCCAAUACGCCCAACUAGAGCAGAACCUCACCCUGCUAGGUCUCGUCGGCAUGCUUGAUCCUCCUCGACCAGAAGUCCCUAGUGCCAUCAAGAAAUGUAAAGCUGCAGGAAUCAGGGUUGUCGUGAUCACCGGUGAUAAUCGCAACACAGCUGAGAGCAUCUGUCGUUCAAUCGGUGUCUUUGGAGAAUACGAGGAUCUUAAGGGUAAGAGUUACACUGGCCGAGAAUUCGAUAACCUGAGCCCCGGCGAGCAGCUUGACGCGGCGAAGAACGCAUCCCUUUUCUCUCGCGUUGAACCUAGCCACAAGUCGAAACUCAUCGAUCUCCUUCAGUCUCUUGGCGAGGUUGUAGCUAUGACAGGUGAUGGCGUUAACGAUGCUCCGGCUCUCAAGAAGGCGGAUAUUGGUGUUGCAAUGGGCUCCGGCACUGAUGUUUCGAAGCUGGCUGCUGAUAUGGUGCUCGCCGAUGACAAUUUCGCAACUAUUGAAGUUGCUAUUGAAGAAGGUCGAUCCAUCUACAACAACACGCAACAAUUCAUCCGGUAUCUCAUCUCCUCCAACAUCGGAGAGGUCGUCUCAAUUUUCCUCACUGCUGCCCUUGGCAUGCCAGAGGCUCUUAUUCCUGUCCAACUCCUAUGGGUCAACCUCGUCACCGAUGGUCUACCCGCCACAGCAUUGUCUUUCAACCCUCCCGACCACGAUAUUAUGAAGAGACAGCCGCGUAAGCGUGAUGAAGCGCUUAUUGGCGGCUGGCUAUUCUUUCGAUACCUGGUGAUUGGUACAUACGUCGGUAUCGCUACUGUGGCCGGAUAUGCUUGGUGGUUCAUGUAUAACCCUGAAGGACCUCAGAUCACUUUCUACCAACUUUCGCAUUUCCACCGAUGCUCUUCUGAAUUUUCGAGCAUUGGAUGUGAGAUGUUCAGCAACGAUAUGUCUAAGGCGGCAUCCACGAUAUCCCUCUCUAUCCUCGUCGUCAUCGAGAUGCUGAACGCUAUGAACGCUCUAUCCUCCAGCGAGUCUCUAUUGACCUUGCCACUCUGGGAAAACAUGAUGCUCGUCUAUGCCGUCGGACUAUCGAUGGCGCUCCACUUUGCACUUCUCUACACUCCUUUCCUUCAGGGUCUAUUCUCAAUCUUGCCCCUGAACUGGAUGGAGUGGAAAGCGGUGCUUAUUAUCAGCGCCCCAGUCAUUCUCAUAGAUGAAGUCUUAAAGGCUUUCGAGAGACAGCUCUUCCUCCAAAAGACGACGAGCGAAGAUAAGGAGUCUAAGAAGGAAACGUAACCGGACAUAGACCUGGUUUCUAGAUACUAGACUAGACUAGAUGUACUAUAUAGCUUGUAUGUGCCUAAAUGGCUGUGCACGAUCACGAGAAACACUAUGAAUUCAUGAAAAAUUGUUGAUCUGAUAUAAUUGUCUUGUCAUUGAUACCCUUGAACAUGGUACUAUCUAAAAUGAUAGUACAACGAUGGGUUCUCUUCGGCAUCGCAUGUAUGC